AGAAGUGGUAAGCCUGGGCUUAGGCAGUCCUUUGAGAGUCCAGCUGGAUCUGUCUGCUGCUUGUUGUAGGUCAGAGCGGUGAGCAGGGAAGCAGGACCAUGUGGCUACCUCCAGCUCUGCUCCUUCUUAGCCUCCCAGGUUGUUUCUCCCUCCAAGGCCCAGAGUCUGUGAGAGGCACAGAGGGGGGUUUCGUGACCGUGCAGUGUCACUAUCACCCGAGAUGGAAGACCUACAAUAAGUGGUGGUGUCGAGGAGCAAGGAGGCAUGCAUGCAAGAUCCUUGUAAAAACCAGAGGCUCAGAGCAAGAAGAGAAGAGUGGCCGGGUAUCCAUCAAGGACAAUCAGAGAAACUUGUCAUUCGAGGUGACCAUGGAGGGUCUCAGGCAAGGUGACGCGGACACUUACUGGUGCGGGAUUGAGAGAUCCUUUACUGACCCUGGGACACCGGUUAAAGUGACCAUUGACCCAGCGGGAACAAUCACCACGUCCUCCAAACCCCCUGAUGGACCUAGUGAUGAAAGCAGCAUCGGUGUGUCCUCUGGCUCUUACAAAAGGACCUACUACCUACUCCUGGUGUUUGUGAAGGUGCCCAUCUUGCUCGUCUUGGCCGGUGCUGUCCUCUGGUUGAAGGGGUCACAGAGGGUCCCCGAGGAGCAGUGGGGACACCCUAUCUGUAAGAAUUUGAACUCUGAACUUCUGACCAAAGACAUGACUCCUUAGAGAGAUGGAUGUGCAAAGACUUCCCACCCUGGACCCUGUUUCUGGCAGAGACAAGGAAGAAAUGCCCGUGUGCACGGUGACAGGCUAGGCUAUGGGAAGCUGGCUAGAAAUCCUCCCUGCUCUACACAGCUUGGCGCAGCUCAGAGGCAUCAUCAGGCCCUGCAGCGCCAGCGGCCUGCUCCUACCUGUGCCACCAGGGGCAGCCCACGGCCAGGGGCCACUGGGACUGAGCACAGCCUUGCAUGGCCACGUCCUCUACUGGGAAAACUCAGGCAGAGCCUGAGAUGAAAGCGCAGACAAGAGGCGGAAGGACCAGCUCACCACCCUCGCUGCCUGAGUGCCUGAAACAGGAUUUUUUAAAAUCACUUUUUCCUUAAGCUAGUCUGGUUGGGUUUUGAUGGCUCAUGGCCACGAGUCUCUGACUGAGGCAUGGUCCUUCUCCAGGGGCUGGUUCUGUGGUGAGGUCCUGGGUCUGAGGAGUGAGUUUGGGUGUCCGCUCCUCUGGGGAGGAUGAGGCCCUGAGUCUACAUUGCUGGAGCAAUGGCUUCCUCCCCUCCUCCUCCUUCUCCCCACCCCCACCCUCUUCUUCCCCUCUCCUCCUCCCCUCUCUUCUUCCCCUCCCCUUCUCUUCUCCUUGCCUCCUCCUUCUCUUUCCCUCCCCCCUUGGAUUGACCUGAGCCCCUUCCCUCAGCAUAGCUGUUGGGGCUUCUCCUCAAAGACCUUAUUGAGCCUUGGGAGCCCCCUCAAGUUGGGGGCGCUGCACAGUGAAAGUUACCCCAGGGGAAUGAUGCUGUUUCUUUUAAAUAAUGUGUUUUAUAUAAUUCAAUAAUUUUUAAAUA